AUGUCUGUUCCCUUCCGCUUCCUCUGUCUUCUCAGCCUGGCUGUUGGUGCUCUACACUGCACUCCCGUGUCUGACCAGGAGGGGGAGCUUUCAGAGCCUCAUUAUACCGACUGUCCCCCGGGCUGGUCCAGCUACAACAACCGCUGCUUCAGGUACGUGGCCUCUCAGCUGGACUGGGCCGAUGCAGAGUCCUACUGCGUGACCCUGGGAGUCAAUCUGGCCUCUGUGAACAACAAAGAGGAAUUCAGCUUUGUGAAAAACCUGAUCAAGAGCUUCGACCCUGCUGAGAGCUAUACCUGGAUCGGGCUGACAGACCUCCACAAGGAAGGGAGAUGGAUGUGGUCGGACGGCUCCAAGGUGGUCUACACGAGCUGGUUUUCAGGUGAGCCCAAUGGAAGUAGAAAGGAGAACUGUGUUCACACUAACUACCAGAAGGACAAGCUGUGGAACGACAUUACCUGCUCAUACAAGCAUGCCUUUGUCUGCGCCACGCAUCAAACGUUCCUCACAGGACAGGUCAACAUCAAAACAGGACAGGAGGGGGAGCUUUCAGAGCCUCAUUAUUCCGACUGUCCCCCGGGCUGGUCAAGCUACAACAACCGCUGCUUCAGGUACGUGGCCUCUCAGCUGGACUGGGCCGAUGCAGAGUCCUUCUGCGUGACCCAGGGAGCCAACUUGGCCUCUGUGAACACCAUGGGGGAAUUCAGCUUCGUGAAAAACCUGAUCAAGAGCUUCGACCCUGCUGAGCACCAUACCUGGAUCGGGCUGAGUGACCUCCACAAGGAAGGGAGAUGGAUGUGGUCGGACGGCUCCAAGGUGGUCUACACGAGCUGGUCUUCAGGUGAGCCCAGUAAUGGAGUUGGUUCCGAUCCGGAGAACUGUGUUCACACUAACUACCAGGAUGACAAGCUGUGGAACGACACACACUGCUCAUACAAGUUUGCCUUUGUCUGCGCCACACGUCCCGGUCUCUGA